GCUCUCGUGGGUAAGAGUGUGUGUGUGUGAGCGAGUGUGUGUGUGUGCCCACCUCGGCGCGGCAGUGACCGUAUGCAGUAACCCGGCGCGGCGGAGGCGGCUACCUUCCCCCCGAGGCUCGGUGCUCGGGCGCCCGCAGCGGGAUGUUCUCCCGGAGGAGCCACGGGGAUGUCAAGAAAUCGACCCAGAAAGUGCUGGACCCGAAGAAGGACGUGCUGACCCGCCUGAAGCACCUCCGAGCGCUGCUAGAUAUUGUAGAUACGAGUGAACUGAAAUAUUUUUUUGAGACCAACUAUUCUCAAAUAUAUUUCAUCUUCUAUGAAAAUUUCAUAACACUGGAAAAUAACUUAAAAUUAAAAGGAAAUAAUAAGUCGCAACGGGAGGAGCUGGACUCUAUCCUCUUUCUUUUUGAAAAGAUCUUGCAGCUACUACCUGAAAGGAUUUUCUUUCGAUGGCAUUAUCACAGUAUAGGAUCGACUCUAAAGAAGCUUUUGCACACUGGAAAUUCUGUUAAGAUAAGAUGUGAAGGAAUCCGGCUGUAUCUUCUGUGGCUUCAGGCACUUCAGACGAAUUGUGCAGAAGAGCAGGUGCUAAUUUUUGCCUGCCUUGUACCUGGAUUUCCAGCAAUUAUGUCAUCAAGAGGUCCCUGUACACUUGACACACUUAUAAAUCCUACUCCUUUUUCAUCUGAUACAAAGAUACAUCCUGAAGAAAUAACUCCACUCGUGCCAGCUGUAUCAGGUGAAAAAAUUGGUGAGGACCAAACCUGCUUUUUUCUUCAAGUAUUAUUGAGAUAUAUGGUUAUUCAGGCUGCAAGCUUGGAAUGGAAGAAUAAGGAGAACCAAGACACUGGGUUUAAAUUUCUCUUUACUUUGUUUCGAAAGUAUUAUCUUCCUCAUUUGUUUCCAUCAUUUACAAAAUUAACCAACCUCUACAAGCCUGUCCUGGACAUCCCCCAUUCAAGACCAAAACCAGUAUAUGUUACUGCAACUCGAAACAGUGAAAAUAUUUAUAGCACAAAAAUUCCAUAUAUGUCAGCUCGUGUUGCUUUUAUUAAGUGGAUUGUAACAUUUUUUCUGGAAAAGAAAUACCUAACUACAACUCAGAGCACUAAAAAUGGAGGAGAAGUAUUGCCUAAAAUCAUCCAGAAUGUUGGUGGAAUGGUACAAGAGAAAACUUCCGAGUUGGAAGUUAGUGGGCCAUCUGAACAGGACAAAAAUCAUUCUAAUAGCAGUACUUUGUCUGAUCGAAGACUUAGUAAUUCCAGCCUUUGUAGCAUUGAAGAAGAGCAUCGGACUGUAUAUGAAAUGGUUCAGCGAAUUCUCUUAUCUACGCGAGGUUAUGUCAACUUUAUCAAUGAAAUAUUUCGUCAGGCAUUUUUGUUGCCUUCCUGUGACAUAUCCGUAACCAGAAAAGUGGUCAAAGUAUAUAGAAAAUGGAUACUACAGGACAAACCUUUGUUCAUGGAGGAACCCGAUAAAAAAGAUAUUACUCAAGAUGAUGAUGUAAAUUUGGAAUUGUCAGUGACAGAGACAGAUAAUACACAGGCCACAACUGAGCAUUCUGGUCACAAACGAUCUUCAAGCUGGGGACGAACUUACUCCUUUACUAGUGCUGUUAGCAGAGGCUGUGUAUUAGAAGAUGAUAAUAAGAAUAUUAAAGCUGGUGUGCAAGCUACACUACAGGUAUUUUUGACAAAUUCUGCUAAUGUCUUUUUAUUGGAGCCAUGUGCUGAAGUUCCCAUGCUUUUGAAAGAGCAAGUUGAUGCCUGUAAAGCUGUUUUGAGUAUUUUUAGGCACAUGAUAAUGGAACUUGCAAUGAACAAAAAGACAUGGGAGCAGAUGUUGCAAAUACUACUCAGGAUAACAGAAGCUGUCAUGCAGAAGCCAAAGGAUAACCAAAUAAAGGACUUGUUUGCCCAGAGCUUGGCAGGGUUACUGUUUAGGACUCUUAUUGUGGCAUGGAUCAGAGCAAAUCUGUGUGUUUAUAUUUCUCGAGAACUUUGGGAUGAUUUUCUUAGUGUGCUGUCUUCACUUACUGACUGGGAGGAACUCAUAAAUGAAUGGGCCAAUAUCAUGGAUUCAUUAACAGCAGUAUUGGCCAGAACAGUUUAUGGAGUUGAAAUGACAAAUCUACCACUGGAUAAAUUGAGUGAGCAAAAAGAAAAGAAGCAAAGAGGCAAAGGUUGUAUUUCAGAUUCACAGAAAGCCACUGCAGUGGGAAGAUCAUUUUCUUUGAGUUGGAGAAGCCAUCCUGAUGUUACAGAACCAAUGAGAUUUAGGAGUGCUACUACAUCUGGAGCUCCAGGCGUUGAAAAAGCAAGGAAUAUAGUCCGUCAAAAAGCAACUGAAGUUGAAGAAUGUCAGCAAUCAGAAAAUGUAACAGGAGGUGAAUCUGGCUGCCUGUUGGUCAACCAGGAACAACAGAUACCCCGUAGCAGUAGUACUUCUGAUAUAACUGACCAGUUACAUUCUGAUUCUUAUCAAGGUAAAAAAAUAGAGAACUCACAGAAUCUAAGUUCAUCAGAUCCCAGACAAAUUCAGGAAAAUAAAGGACAUUUAAAGAAAGAAAAUGAAGGACCAACAGUUUUAGUGCGAAGAAGCAGCAGCCCAGCUGAAAUAGAUUUAAAAGAUGAUUUGCAGCAAACAGAAGGAAAAUGUAGAGAAAGACAAAAGAGUGAAAGUGUUAGCAGUGACACAUCUCUUGGCUAUAAUAAUGAGGUAGAGAUAACAAUGAAUCCAUGGCAUCCAUUUGAAGAAGACCAAGAACUGAAUACACCAACUGAUGUUGCUGUUGAUUCAGAUGCUAGACAUUGGUUACAGCUGAGCCCCACAGAUGCUGCAAAUUUAACAGAUAGCAGUGAAUGCCUUGCUGAUGACUGCAGUAUAAUUGCUGGUGGAAAUCUCAUAGGUUGGCAUCCAGAUUCUGCUGCUGUGCUAUGGAGAAGAAUCUUGGGAAUCCUUGGAGAUGUUAAUAAUAUCCAGUCACCCAAAAUCCAUGCCAAAGUUUUUGGCUAUCUCUAUGAACUCUGGUAUAAGCUAGCAAAGAUACGGGAUAACCUAGCAAUAAGUUUGGAUAACCAGACUUCUCCAUCUCCUCCUGUCUUGAUCCCACCACUCCGAAUGUUUGCAUCAUGGCUAUUUAAGGCUGUUACAUUGCCAAAUGAAUAUAAAGAAGGUAAACUACAAGCAUACAGGCUAAUCUGUGCUAUGAUGACCAGACGCCAAGAUGUUUUGCCAAACUCUGAUUUCCUAGUGCAUUUUUAUCUUGUUAUGCACAUUGGCUUAACUAGUGAAGAUCAGGAUAUCUUAAAUACUGUUAUAAGGCAUUGUCCUUCCCGUUUUUUCUUCUUGGGUUUACCUGGCUUUACAAUGCUGAUAGGAGACUUCAUCACUGCUGCAUCCAGAGUUCUUAGUACAGACAUGUUGGCGGCCCCACGUUCAGAAGCUCACACCAUUCUGGGCUCCCUGGUUUGCUUUCCCAACAUUUACCCGAAAAUUCCAUUUCUUCAGUCAGUUCCUGAAAUUGAUGGAGUCAUCACUGGACCUGAAGACAUCAAACAUUACCUCAUAAAUAUUUUACUGAAGAAUGCAACAGAUGAGCCAUGUGAAGGUGCAAGAUGUAUUUCUGUUUGCUGCCUCGGACUUUGGAUAUGCGAAGAGCUUAUUCAAUGUACAAAUCAUGCAAAAGUAAAAGCUGCAGUCAAUGUUAUAGGUGUAACUUUAAAGUUUCCAAAUAAGAUAGUGGCUCAGGUAGCUUGUGAUAUCCUUCAGUUGCUCGUGUCCUAUUGGGAAAAGCUUCAAAAGUAUGAUAACUCUCUGCCACGGAAAAUUACUGAAAUCCUUGUGGCCACGAUUGCAUUUCUUUUACCAAGUGCUGAGUACUCUUCAGUAGAAACAGAUAAAAAGUUUAUUGUUUCUCUUUUACUCUGCUUAUUGGAUUGGUGCAUGGCAUUGCCAAUGAAAACCCUGAUGCAUCAAGUGUCUACUGUUCUGGAAGAUCAGCAUUCAUCUAGAGCUCCCUUGCUAGAUUACAUUUAUAGGGUUUUGCACUGUUGUGUUUCUGGCUCAAGCACAUAUACCCAACAAAGUCACUACACAUUGACUCUGGCUGACCUUUCAUCUUCUGAUUAUGAUCCUUUUUUGCCACUGGCAAAUGUCCGGAAUUCUGAACCUGUACAGUACCAUUCCUCAACAGAACUGGGGAACCUACUUACUGUUGCUGAAGAAAAACGGAGGAGGAGUUUGGAAUUAAUCCCUCUGACUGCCCGUAUGGUGAUGACGCACCUAGUAAACCACUUGAGUCACUAUCCACUGAGUGGGGGCCCUGCUGUUCUUCACAGCCUUGUUAGUGAAAAUCAUGACAAUGCAUACUUUGAGUCACCUGAGCUUUCUUCUGAAGUCUUCAGAAGUCCAAACCUACAGUUGUUUGUAUUUAAUGACAAUACCCUUAUGUCUUACCUUCAAAUUCCUUCAGAAAGAACAGAAGGGAGGCCUUCAGGUGCCCUUUCUGAUGUUAGACUUAUUGUGAGAGAUAUCUCUGGAAAGUAUUCUUGGGAUAGCAAAAUAUUAUAUGGACCUUUGGAAGGCUGCUUUUCACAGAACAAGAGGAAUAGUUCUUUUGUGAUUUCAGACAGUAGACAGCAGACAUUGGAACCUGAGAAAGAUUUUUCUCAAACUGAAGAAGUAGAUGAUGUGCUUGACAAAUUACUUGAAAAUAUUGGCAAUGCAAGCCCUGAAUGCCUUUUGCCGUCCCAGCUUAACCUGAAUGCUCCUUCACCACCCCCAUUUGGAAUGAGUCAUUAUCAAGAAAAAGAGAUCAUCAAAGCAAUUUUGUAUCAGAAUUCCCAAGAAGAGGAAUAUGUACAUAGGUGCAGGUCUGAUGUUAUAAUGAAAGUUCCCAAUGAAGAACAGCCAGUUCCUUCUGAGCCACAAGGUCCAUUUUAUUUCUGUAGAUUACUGCUGAAUGACUUAGGAAUGAAUUCUUGGGACAGAAGAAAAAAUUUUCAUCUGCUGAAGAAAAAUUCUAAAUUGUUGAGAGAGUUAAAAAAUUUGGACUCACGUCAGUGCCGUGAAACUCACAAGAUUGCAGUGUUUUACAUUGCUGAAGGACAAGAAGACAAGUGCUCAAUACUGUCAAAUGCAAGGGGAAGCCAGUCUUAUGAAGACUUUGUUGCUGGGCUUGGUUGGGAGGUUGACCUUUCAACACACUGUGGAUUUAUGGGUGGCCUACAGCGAAAUGGCAGCACGGGACAAACUGCACCUUACUAUGCUACCUCUACUGUGGAAGUGAUUUUUCAUGUUUCCACUAGAAUGCCAUCUGAUUCAGAUGAUUCUCUCACCAAAAAGCUUCGUCACUUGGGAAAUGACGAGGUUCACAUCGUCUGGUCUGAACACACCAGGAACUACCGCAGGGGUAUUAUACCAACAGAUUUUGGAGAUGUUUUAAUUAUUAUUUAUCCAAUGAAGAAUCACAUGUUCUUCAUCGAGAUAAUGAAGAAACCAGAGAUUCCAUUUUUUGGGCCUUUGUUUGAUGGAGCAAUAGUGACUGCAAAAUUGCUGCCAAGUCUUAUAUGUGCUACCUGCAUCAAUGCUAGCAGGGCUGUGAAGUCUCUCAUACCCCUCUACCAAAGUUUUUAUGAAGAACGAGCUCUGUAUCUUGAAGCAAUAAUCCAGAAUCACAGAGAAGUAAUGACAUUUGAGGAUUUCGCAGCUCAAGUCUUUUCACCCUCUCCUAGUUACUCCCUCAGUGGAACGGAUUAGAAUAUGUAAAGGUCUCAAUACUGUAACUGACCAAGAUAGUCUCACUGCCAGUGUGAGUGCUGACCUUCCUGUUUCUGUUGGAGGAGAGUUGGCCAAUCAGACUUCUCCAUCACUAACCCGUGCUCCCAAACUCAAAAGCUCUGGGAGACUUCGUCGUUCUGCUAGUGCCCUCAGCAAAUCUUCAAAUUGAAGUACAUUAGAAACUGAGUCAGCUCAAAGAAAAUGUUUGGGCUAAGUCAAAAUAGAUAUAUCAACGAUUGUCUGAACUUCACAGGAUGAUUUUGUGCUAUAAAAUCACAGUUCCUUCCAAAGAAGAAAAGAAAAGUUCCACCAAACAAGUUUCACUUCACUCUCCCUUGUGCAUUGUGUGUGACUAGACUAGGAACAGCAAGUACAGGGGAUCUCGCAUGGCUUUUGAUGUGUAUCACAAGUAGCAGGUUGUCUGUGACUCAAGUACUUUUUUCUUAUUUAUAGGCAGAAGCACAACUGUCAUAGGAAGAUACAAAACAAGUAUUGAAGCAAAUUGUUUAUGGAAUUGUCUUUGGUUAUAUUGAUUUUAUUAAUAUUCACUCUCAUCGUAGGAUUUGUGUUUUAGUUUAAAAAAAAAACCAAACUUUCAUCAUCAUAGAAAACUGGCUUUCCCCAAGGGCUCUUUUCCUCAUGGCCCAGAAGUGAUUUCACUUCAGUUUGAUUCACUCCCUUCACUGCAUAGUCAGAUAUCAGGAUGUGAUUUUCCACCAGGUAUCCACUAGCACUGGCUAAGUUUUAAUGAUCAUCUGUAGAGCUUCCAGGUCUUUGUUGAGAAAUACAGCAGCAUUGAAGAUUCGACUUUCUAGGAAUACAGGUCAAAUCAAAUUACGGCAAUUGUAGCAAAUGCUCAUUCAUUAAUAAUUUUUCAUAUGGAAAAUGAUGAACAGGACAGUAUUCACUAUAGCAGAAGUUGCUUAGCCAAACAGAUAGUUUGAGUUUUGCCAUUUGAAUCUGUAACCUCUAUUACUUGACCAUCAUUCCAAACCUUGGAAUCUGUUUUCAUGCAAAUAUUAUCAUUAUAACAAUAACUAACUAGGAUGUGACUAGCACUCUUGAAGGACUUGAGUUCUAACGCACAGGAGAGCCUCAUUUGCUAAGAACACUUUUUUCUUUAUGCCCCAAAUCUUAACUUGAGCAUUCCCACCAUCAUAACUAUAAACCACAGAAGAAUUUCAGCAUAUAGAUUCCAUUUCUUCAGCCUCUUAAGCAAGACACAAACACGUACUCAGAGCCAACAUUGUGCAAGAUGUUGUGCUAGACGUAGAGAUAAAAACCAUCAAAUAUCUCUACAGGGCCUACUGUGUGCCAGGUGUGAGAUGCACUAUUGCAGAUGAGAUGCCAAUAACACACAAGGAGAAUUGCCUGGAAUUAACCCAGCUUCUGAGUAGAUAAAUAACUGUAUUUUGUGGCCUCAAUCAUUACUUUAUUCUAAUUGGCUAAUAUUAGAAACCUACUAGCUAGCUACUGAGUUCAAUAGCUAGUUAUUAAAGCUUCAAACUGCAUAAAGACUUUCGGGACACUCAGUACCUUUUGUUUUAAGAUCAUCUUCGAAGUGCAUAGAUCCCCAGUAGCCAACUUUGAACUUUUUUGUAAACCAGGAGAAAUAAACCCAGUCAGAGAAGGAUGAGAUAGGGAGAUGAGUGUGAGCAAGUCAGGACUGGCAGCUGGCAUUGUGAUGGAGCUCAAGGUCACAGAAGAAAAAAGAUCAUGUGAAUGAUAACUCUUCAUCUUUUACUUUUUUUCUCCUCUUCAUUUAUAUUUUCAUGCAGUUCUGUGAAAUACCUUCCUGACACCUUUCUUUUGAGGAUUUCUGUGAAGGCCAGCAGAAAUGGUACCUGUACAGCCUACGUACACAACCAUCUUGACCAUUUGAAAGACACUAACUUCAGGCAAAACAGUAGAACUCACUGUGGGUGGAGUCAGCCUAAAGCCCUUAGCUGACUUUUAACAGUGUGUUUGAGCCUAGUUGGUCAGGAGUCAGGAAAUCUCUGUUCUGUUGCUUUGCAGGCCACUGGAUUGUGUCCCAUAAGGAGUUUAGUAAUGAGAAUUCUUCUCUAGUUUCUAGAGACAUGCCACCAAAAAAAGUAGUAUGUGUGUGACCUGGACAUAGGCAGGUAGUUGGGUCAUUUCAAGGGACACGAGGGAAAAGUCAAUCACUUCAGAUUGUUUUUGCUUUGUAAACUAGUCUAUUUAUAUAAGUAUUCUCUGGCUCCUUAGCAUAGACAGUAUCAAGAAUAGUUGAUUUUCAAGGUUUUUUUUUUCCUGAUUAUGCCAGCAAAUACCUCAUCCCCAUUUUGUUAUGUUUUAAAUCUGCACAUGUCACAAAGGCAAACAGCCGUUUAGCUUUUUGUGGUUUUUGUUUUUUAAAUAAUGUAGAACCUAACUAAUAGGCUAAGUAAACUUAGCAUUUUUAAACUUGGAGUGGGCCCACAGAGUUCAUUGAGAUAACUAUUUGAGGAACAUGAUCAUCAGGUAUUAUGAAAGCAUGUGAAAUAACUGGGUUUCUAGGAGAGGUGAUGAUGAUGCAUGUCAACAUAUAAAAGGGCCAACUUAAAGUCCCCUUAUUUCUUAAUAAUUAUGUUACUGCACUACAAGCUUGUGCCUCUGUAUUUUGGGGCAUACUCUGGGCUGGCGAUCCCUUUACAAACUCUGAUUGUCAGAGACUUGAGACUAAGACCCUGCAGUUCACUUCAGGAUAGGCACAAGCAUAUUUUAACUCAUGAUUUAUUUUCUGUGGCAAAAAAGGGGGGAGGGGCUAAUUUCAUCUGCAAUUUUUAUGACCAAAAAUUAGGAAGAAAAAAAUUUAGUUCUUACUAGAGAUGAUUUACAUGCUUGGUAACAUUUAAUCUGGAGAUUUGUUUGUUGUUGUUGUUGUUGUUUUUUGAGGAAAAUAAUUUUAUGUACAAAUGGACUAUAAUCAUUUUUACUUUUGGGAUGGCAAAUGGAAAUGCUCGUUAUCUCACUUAGAAAAGCUAAUAUUGCACCUUCAUAAUAUAAUGCCUUUCAGCAAAAUUGAGUUGAUAAUCAGUCAGCACACACCCCUAGGUACUAGUGCUGACAAAUCACAUUAGCAGGUCAACCAUCUGUGAAUUAAAGUGUCCCUAAUUAGACCUAAAUGUGAUAAGACUUGUUGGUUUUAAGACAGUGUUAGGCAUGCCGAGUUCUCCUUCAUUGGCAUGUUACUUUAGCUGAAAGCUAAUGUAGCAAAAUCACACGGACUGUUUUUGUUCUUAAAAAAUAAAACUACUAAAAAGGGGGAGAAAUGAAACACCUAAACUAUACAAAAGCAAGAAAAUUCAGCCAUAUCAAGGGACUCUUCACAAGUGUCUUUAAAUGCAUGCAGUCAGUGACACAGGACCUAGGAACUACAGGGUAAGGGUAGGGUUUGUAGCCUUGGAUUGGGUGGCUUGUGUUGAUUGGCCAAACACUGAGCCUUAUUUUUUAAAAAUCAUGCAGAUUCAUAUAGCAAUGCAUCUUUCCUCAGGUCUAAUUAAUCUGUUCUUCCUCCAAUGUUGAAUUUGUUUUUAAUCAUGUUGUAUAACAAAUUGAGGAAUACCUUAAAACUUACUGUGACUUCUCCAUAAUUAUGUUUUUAUCUCUUCUGUAUGUGAAAUUAAAUUCUAUAUGGGACAAGCCAUUGUUUUUAGUUACAUUCAAUAUCUCUGUAUGAUAUAUACAUUAAGUGAAUGUUUUCUGUUUCCGCAUCUACAAUGUUUAGUGUGUGUGUAAAUAAGGAAAGGUAUUUGAUAAAUGCAGUAAAAAUUAACUUAUAGUGUGUCAUCUGCUUUUGAGUUUGUUUUUCCUUUAUUUAAUUUAUUAAAACACAACAUCAAGGUUUAAAAACUAGAUGACUUUCCAGUCCAGCACUGGAUGUUACUACUCCUUAUGUAAGCAUAUAUGGAACCUGCCUUUGCAGGCAUUUCUUCACACCAGGACAAGAACUGCUGGCAAAGGUAGGCCUAAUCUCUGAAAACAACAGGAAGAAAUCGUUCCUCUUGAUUACCAAAAGCUUGACUUUGGAGUUAAGAUUCUCUUUUGUGAUGAUGUAGUAUGUUGAUAAAGUAAUUUAGAAAAGCAGCACUUGUGUGCUAUAUAUUUAAUAUGUUUACUUUUUCAUUAUUUGAUGUGAUGAUUUGGUGGUUAUUAAUCACUAAUAAAACAUGUGUCAAAUUUA